ACUCACCAAGAAGAAAUCUAAAAUGUUCGCUAAGGUCGCUAUCCUUCUCGCAACCGUCGCUGCUGCCCAGGCUUCCGUCUUGUACGGAGGACAUGCCGCUUUGGUCAACACCGGUGUCAGCACCAGCGGACGAUCUCAAGAUGCAUUUGGCAACUACGCUUUCAACUAUGGAAUCCAGGACGGACUAGGUGCCGCCAACUCCCGAGCUGAAGUAGGAGAUGCCCACGGAAACAAGAAGGGAUCCUACACCAUUGCCGACAUCGACGGACGAGCCCGACGAGUUGACUACGUUGCUGAUGCUCUUGGAUUCCGAGCCACCGUCAAGACCAACGAACCCGGAACCGCCGCCAGCGCCCCAGCAGCUGCCCUAGUCGCCAGCCCCUACGCUGGACCCGUUGCCCCAGUCGUCAACCACGUAGCCCCUGCUGCCGCCGUUAUUGGACAUGCUGCCACCUAUGCUGCUCCAUUGGCUGUCGCUGCCCCAGUUGCUUAUGGUGGAGUGAUCGCACACGGUGCCACCCUUGCUGCCCCAGUAGCUUACGGUGGAGUGCUCGGACAUGGUCUUGGUCUUGCAGCUCCUCUUGGACUCGGAUACGGUCUGGGAUAUGGCAAAGCUCUCAUCCAUUAAAACCUAUUUUUAGAGUUUCAAACAAAUGCUAACAAACUAUGAACGACAAAUUUAAUUGAAAAAAUGUAUUUAUUGGUGACAACAUGAGAGAUAUUUGUUUCAUAAUGAAGUGUAAAUAAAAAUGCAUUUUAUUUUUA